GUCGCAUCCUGACUCCCCGUAGCAGUAUGUCCCUGGCCCAUCCCCUUCGUGGUGUCGGUGACGGACGGCCUCUUGCCAUUCUUACCCGGUCCAUCAUACCUGGCGAUCCCAGGCCCGACAUGCCGUCAAGUCCCAUCGAACCGUACAUCCCCAACUUGGCGGCAUCUACACCCAGCGUUCUCUCCAUUUCUCCCAAGAGAGCAGAAGUGGACGACCUUGUACCCAAACCUGACGCUCCUCCUAGACCAGCCAUGCCAGGCAUUCCAAUACCCAAACCAGAAACGUCUCCCAACCCCAGGCUUUUAGCUUCCAUAGCCAGCGACCUCUCCAUCUCUUUUAGGAGAGCCGAGGUGGACGACUUCGUACCC